AUGGCAACGGCAGAGCCAACCACUACGGCAGAACUGUCAGAACUAAAACAACAGCGAGCCUCGACGAAAGCGAGUAUUUCAAGAAUCAAGGCGUUCGUCAAGGGAAAGAGUAAUUCGCUCUCACAACCAGAACUGAAAUGUCGACUAGGUAUUUUAGAAUCAUAUUUUAAACAAAUCUUAGCUUUUCAGACGUUGAUCGAGAAAUUAGAUGCAACUGACUCAGCUAGAGAUGAAUUAGAAGACCUAUACGUUUCCACCAAAGUAUUAAUCAUGUCUCAACUGCAGGAAGAGGCCCACAAUGCAUCAGUGCUAGACGUAACAGCAAUGAUGCCCACCUCAAAUCGCGAAAUAUACCUCACAAAUAUUGAAAAAUUUAAUCACUUACUGAACUGCCUUACUGGUCAAGCUCUAGAGACAGUACAGGCAUUUCCUAUUUCGAAUGAAAACUAUCCAAAGGCUCUGGAUAGGCUUAAAUCGCGCUAUGACAAUAAUAGCCUAAUCUUCGCCGAAAAUAUCGCGACACUAUUUGAUCUACCAGCAGUAUCGGGUCAGUCAAGCCAACAACUUCGUAGUCUGGUAAACAAUGCAUCCGCUUUGUAUGGUUCACUCUGUUCGCUAGGUACAGAGAAACAAAUAUGUGAGGCUCUACUUAUCUCGCUAAUCAUGCAAAAAACGGACGCAAUUACACGUAGGAAAUGGAAUGAAUCGCGUAACUUUGACACAUUACCCAGUUGGGAAGAUUGCUCAAAAUUGUUGGAUAGACAUUGCCAGUUUCUCGAAUCACUUGACAGUGGAAACGGCAAUCAGUCAUCAUCACAACGUAAACCUAAUAGUCUUAACUCCAAGACUAACAGACGCUCAAACCAAUACGCAUUUGUUGCAUCUACAUCUAGCAAUUCUUGCUCAUUUUGUUCUAGCAAUGAACACCUAAUACAGAAUUGUCAUCGUUUUAAGGCACUGGAGGUGGUUCAAAGGUUUGAAAAGGUGAAGAGCCUAAAACUCUGCAUAAACUGCUUAUCGCCACGCCAUCAUGUGGUUAAUUGCACAUCAACGUUUAAAUGUAAGGUUUGCGCAAAGCCACAUCACACUCUCUUGCAUCAUUCGCAAUUGCCAACGAAUAUUAAGAGCGCGGGAUCAUCACGACGCACAGAACACGCUGCUAUGCCCAACGACAACGUUGCCAGCCAUUCCCAUCUUAAUAUGUCAUCGGCCGAGCAAAUAAUUCUAGCCACUGCAUUGGUUUUAGUGAAGGAUUCAUCGGGAAGUUAUCAAGUGGGUAGAGCCUUACUUGAUUCAUGCUCUCAGGUCAACUUCAUAACGGAGAAGUUUUCAAAGAAGCUUAGUUUAGCAAAACAUAAACAUCGGUUGCAUGUUUCCAGUAUUGGUAGUUCGUUGACCAACAUAAAGUAUCAGACGCUCACAUCAAUCAAAUCUCGUCAUUCAAAUCUUGAACUUGCUUUAAACUUUGGUAUUACGAAUCACAUCGCAUAUCAACCAAGUUCUGAAAUCGAUAUAUCGUCGUGGAAGGUUCCACCAAAUACACCUCUCGCCGAUGAGCAAUUCUUUAAAUCCAAGCGCGUUGAUCUCUUGCUUGGAGCUGAAAGUUUCUUUGAUAUUUUGUCUGUCGGUCAAAUCAAACUAGGUGAAAAUUUUCCAGUACUUCAAAAAACACUAUUAGGAUGGAUUGUAUCUGGCAAGUACAAGGGUCAGCCAUUUGCAUCACCAGCAGCAAAAUGCCUAUUAUCAGUUGAAGAUACAGUCUCCGAUCAAUUAGAAAUGAUGUGGAAGAUAGAGGAAGUGCAAUCGGCUUCAAAGUCAUGGUCACCAGCACAUGUUGCGUCAUUAUAUCGUGAAACGGUUCACCAAAAUGCGAUGGAAAGAAUUGUCGUUCGGUUACCAUUCAAAGAUUCACCAGAUUGUCUUGAUUUAACUUUAAAAACUUUGCGAAAAGUACUGAAAAGCGGAAGUCAAUAA